UUUAAGAAGUCGCGCAUGCGCAAAUCAGUGAGAAAGUUAACUGCUGAACUUCGUAGUCAGAAAAAUUCUGAUUUAUAAAAUAGCAGGGAAAACACCAUUGAGUAGACAUGGCAUUUCGCCGAAGAAACAAGAGUUACCCUUUCUUCAGCCAGGAAUUCUUAAUUCAAAACCAUGCCGACAUCGUCUUCAGUUUGGUGAUUUUCAUUUUGAUUGGAUUGAUGUUUGAGGCAACAGCCAAGACGGCCAUACUGUUCAUUCAGCCUCAGUACAAUGUCACCACACUAUCACCAGAGGGCGAGGUAACGUUAUACCAUUACGGAUGGAAGGACUCUGCCACCAUCCUCUUCUAUUUCUUUACCGCCAUCAUCCUCCAUGCAGUAGUGCAGGAGUAUCUUCUGGAUAAAGUGAACCGACGUCUCCACCUCUCAAAGAGCAAGAAUACCAAGUUUAAUGAGUCGGGUCAGCUGUGUGUUUUUCACUUGGUGUCGAGUGUGUGGAGUUUUUACAUCCUCAUAACAGAAGGCUAUCUCCUGCAUCCCAGCAGCCUUUGGGAGAACUAUCCCCAUGUACAUCUCAGGUUUCAGGUGAAGUUUUUCUACCUCACUCAGCUGGCCUACUGGCUCCAUGCCUUACCAGAGCUCUACUUCCAGAAAGUACGCAAGGAAGAGAUUUCUCGCCAGCUCCAGUACAUCUGUCUGUAUCUGCUGCACAUCGCUGCAGCCUAUUUGUUAAAUUUGAGUCGUGUAGGCCUGGUACUCCUCUUCCUCCAGUAUGUGUCAGAACUGGGCUUCCACAUCGCCAGACUCUUUUACUUCACUGAUGAGAACCAUCAGAAAAUGUUUGACCUGUGGGCAAUCAGCUUUGUGUUUACACGGAUGGUUACUUUGACCCUAAUGUUCCUGGUUGUUGGCUUCGGUUUGGCUCGUGGUGAAAACCAGGGGCUGGACUGGGAGAUGGGCAACUUCAACACUGUACUGAUAAGGAUGACUGUUCUACUGCUGGUAUGUUUGACGCAAUCUUGGCUACUCUGGAAGUUUAUCCGCUUCCAGCUGAGGCGCUGGAGGGAGUUCAGACAUGAACAGGCUGUUCGCAAGAAGGCUGCUGCAAAACAACCCCUACGGCCACUGAAGAGAGACUCACUUGGUCACCACGAAAAUGGAGUUCUAAAAGCUGAGAAUGGAGCCUCUCCUCGGACCAAAAAACUCAAAUCCCCCUAAGAUAACACAUUGACUGGCAUGAACAGUGGCCUUAGCCUUGGCUAAGGUUUCUCAUCAGCACAACAGGGAAGCUGGCGGCCACUGGCCACCAAGCCUCUUGUUGAGUAUGUCCUGAGAUGUUACACGGACUCAGACUACAGACUUAGGCUUGAAUGCUGGAAAAUUAAAUCCAAGGAAAUCCCUCGAGACAUUUACUCUUCAUAUCAGUAUUUUUUAUACAUCCACGCAGACAGCUAUCCCACCCUAAGGAGCAAUAUUGUAUGCCAAAUGACUAAAAUGUACAGUGAACACAGUAUAUGGCACACAUGCUAUUGUGUCUGUCAAUGUUGAAUGUGUAGAUGCAUAUCCUCAUACACAAGUACUGUAUUGGUUGUAGUGUUGUCCAAUUUUCACAGCUGUUUUCAGCUCGUCAUUGAGCCGGCUUUGCUUGUUUUCUAGUCUGGUCCAUUGGAGCAGAACAUUUUUACUGAUGAUAUGGUAUGAUAUGAGCUUACUGUAUGCUGGCCUU